AUGUCGAUUACGCAUGUUGUUCUCUUCCAAUUUAAAUCAAGCGUCGGCGCUGAUGUCAUUAACGAGGUCUGCUCACGGAUGCUUGCACUCAAGGAUAAUUGUCUCCACCCAUUGUCUCAGAAGCCCUACAUCAAGUCGUCUUUUGGUGGUUUAGAUAACUCAAUUGAAGGACUUCAGAAUAAUAUUUCGCACGCUUUUAUUGUUCAAUUCGACAGUGCUGCGGAUCGAGAUUACUAUGUUCGCGAUGAUCCCGUACAUCAAGAAUUCGUCCGGGGUCUCGAUGGCAUCCUCGAGAAGGCACAAGUGAUUGACUUCACAAACGAAGUGAUUUGA